ACCCUCGACGUUGCGCUCGUUAUAUCCUCAUCACGCAACUAUCUAUUUUCUUCAUCACGCUCAUUACAAACAACACCAUCACCAACACUCUUUUACCAAACCCAACAACCUCCAGCAUCCCCUUCCCUACAUACCAAGAGAAACAUCAAACUCAUCCCAUAUUUCAACAUGCACGCCUUCAAAGCCCUCAUCGUCGCCAUCUCCACCCUCGCCGUCUCCGACGCCACCUACGUACGCGCAAACAAAGGCUGCGUAGUCGCAAAAGGCCAGAAGCUCUGCCAGGGCAAAUACGUCAUCGUGUCCGGCCAGAUGGACAUCAUGGCCUGCGUGGAAAAGACUCCCAACGGGCAAGUCGCAAACUGCAAGUGGAGCGGCACGAUCCCUGAGAACUGGGAAAAGGCCUUCUUUGGAGAGGACAACUGCGUCUACGGCGAUGGCAAAGAUCCUAUUAAACUUGGCUGUGCUGCUAGCAUUACUAGCACCCCCAUCUCGCCCAUCUACUAGG